GCAUGGCCAAGCUGCUAACAAUACAAACAAGCCUUCUUCCCAUUGGUUGGAACCCGUUCGUAUAGGCAAGCACUCCAAUCAGCUGUAGGUUUUCACAGCAUUCGUUAACUUCUUCAAAAUGGUGCUCCUUGCGAAUGAAACGUUUCUUACAGAACUGACGUUAAUGUACCAAAGCGCUAGAACAUCUGCUGCUGUUUACGUGACACUGAAACAAUAUAAUGGUAGGACAAAGCCUAUACCAAAAGCUUCUAAGGAUCGACAAUCCGUUUCUGUAUCAGAAUCAUCGGAACACAAAUGCCUUGUGAGGGCAACAUGUAGGAACAAGAAAUUAAGUACAGUUGUUAGCGCGAAAGAUAUGAAUAAAUUCCAAUUGGCAUAUGCAAGUGUAUUGAAGGCAAAUAUGGACAAUUUAAAGAAAGUACAUAAACCGAAGAAAGAUAAAGGAAAAACAUCAAAGGCAACAUGAAGCUUAAGAUACAUUUUCAAAUUUAUAUGGAAAAUAUAGUACCAUACAGAAACAUGACAAUGUUGUAUAUGAGCCUUGCGAUACCAAAACAGCGUACUGCCGCUAAAUGUUAAACUGAGUAAUUGGCAUAAGAGUGUGGAAGUAUUGUAUACUUCAGUAUAGAGAAGCUGUAAUUUACUUUUACUCAUAGUUUUGGCAAUAGUAAGGCAAUUCCAUUAAAUGACCUAUCAUUUUAAAGCUUAUGAUAUGGAAAAUAUUAAUAUAUUAAGAAUUCAUUUUUUGUUUUGUUUUGGUCACUGAAGCUGGUUUUGGCAUGGCAAGCCCCAUAUUUACUAAAUGUAGAGAUACAUAUUAAUUCAUACGAAUAAUUGAGAAUGAACUUACCAAGAAAUAUCCUAAUUUUUAAAAGAAUUUCAAAAGUUCAUUUGAUUAUGACAAUGAUUUUGUAAAUUUCAAUUUGUUUCUUUAUUAUUUCUUUAUAAAAUAUAAUCAUUUGAAUUUUUAAAUGUUGGAAAAUUGUCAUUAUUGUCUCACAGGGAAUGUGUUAAAGAUGUAUUGAUUUUGUAAUUUUCAAUUUGUUUCUUUAUUAUUUCUUUAUAAUUAUAAUCCAUUAAAUUUUUAAAUGAUUGAAAAUUGUCAUUGUAUCGCAGUGAAUGUGUUAAAGAUGUAUUGCCCCCCCUUUUAAUUCUUAGUGUUGGGUUUAUAAUAAUGGAAGUAUUAAUGAUUGGAUUUGAAUCAAGACUUUCAUUAUACAUACAUUCUUUGUGAACCUGCUGCCUGCCAAUACUAAUAAUUUUAGUUAAAUUUUGUCCCUUCUCUGAAGGAAUUCACUAAACAAGAUUUACAUAAAGAAAUUGUUUAUUAAUCUUAUUUAUUAUUUUUAUAUACGUAUUGGCUAUUAUUUAUUAUGAAUAUCUUUUAAAGUAAUAUAAUAUUACUAUUAAUACUAUUUUAUUUGUGUAACCAAUUUUUAAUUUUACCAUGUGUGUAGUACCUAUUUUUAAGAGAAAAAAAUUAAAAAAUUAAAUAAAAGAAAGAUCAAAUGUGCAGAAAUAAAAUAUUGCAUAUGUUAUGUUGAUAAUUGAUAUGCAUUUCUUAAUAUCAAACAUUUGUUCCAUCCAGCAGCAUUUAAGAAAACCCACAAAAAGAAUAUAAAGUUGUUUAAUUUGGUUUCUAUAUUACCAAAAUUAUUAUUUCUCAUAGUGUGCUCUAUAAUACUGAUGGAAAAUAUCCCUAAUUAUCGUUUUAUGACAUAAAUUAAAUAUUAGACCAAUACAAAUAAUCACAUUUGGGUACUGGGUGCUAUUCUGUACAGAUAUUAAUAAUAAUGUAAUAAUGUUUUUCAUCCUUUAUUAAUAAUAACACCCUUCUCAUCCAUGUAAGUUAUUUUAUAGCAGUAAAGUCUAAACUGAGAUUCUCACCAGAAUACAGAGAAAUGGGUAUAGUAGAUUAUUUUUUUAAUUUAAUCUUCUUCUGUAAGGUUAUUUUUUAUUGACAUUUUUCACCAACUAUAAAGCCAAAAAAAAAAAAAUUGAGUUGGCCAUGUUUUGGGAAAAUCCAAAAAUUGGGUAGGCUGGUAGGAAAUUUAUUUAUUUAUUUUUUCAAAAAUGUGUUUACGGCAACCAAUGUCUAGUCUGGUCAAUUGGAAGAGUUUCAGGUCUGCCUUAAAAUUUUGUUAGAAUUUUUUUAAUUUGCCGAACUGGACCUAGGCCUACUCACCUAAAUCGCCUCAUAAAAAAUAUUGAUGUUUGGGGUGGGGGUAAAUUGACCCUUAAUUUCGUAAAAUUUGGGUCGAUCGGGCAUGGCCAAUACAAUUUUUUUUUUUUGGCCUAAUCAUGCACAGUUUUUGUUUUGUUAUCUGUUAUUAUUUCCAAUGCCACCCAGUUUAAUUUAAGGAAUAAAGCAUGAUCAAGUAUUUUAUAAAA